AUGGCCUCCAGAAGAAGAGCCGCCUUUGCACUCACGGCACUGCUGAUUAUCCCAGCUCAAGUAUCAGCUCUGCAGGUAUCGCCAAACUCACCGUGUGCGCCCGUUUGUCUUGACCGGGAGGAUCAGGAUGUUUCGGACCCAAAGUCAUCUGUCACUCGACCUGUGGACAUAUCCUGCAAGGAUGACGACUAUUCCAAGACGGCAACAGGAACAAAGUGGAAAAAGUGUAUGACCUGUCUUGAGAAGAGCAGUUUCUCUCAAGGCAGCGAGUCGGAUCAGGGCUGGUUUUUGUACAACAUGCGGUACAACUUCAACUACUGCGUCUUCGGAUACCCUAACAACACAGAGAUUGGUUCAAACCCAUGUCAGACAUCCCGAGCGUGCGGAGCCCUGAAAGACGCCCUCGUGGAUGGCAACAUGGACCCGGAAAAGUCAACCGAGUACGGCUACUGCACUGCUGAUGGCAGCUCCAUGACGGGUGAAUUUUUUGACAAGUGCCUCACUUGUAUCGCCUCGUUCAGGGACCAGGUUGUCGUCCGCAAUGGUCUCAUCGCCCUUGGGGCAGGAUGUCAGCAGCGGCCUGGCCCUGGCAAGAUCUUGAGCCUCAACGACACAAUAUUCUCGUCAGGGCCGAUAGGCAUUCUUAACGGAGACGCAGAAAACGAUGGCUCUCAUGCCCAGGGCGGAUCUACCACGCCGACCACCACCAUGAUCAUAGGUAUCGUUUCGGGAGUUCUUGUUGCGGGUGCAAUCGCGGGCAUUGUCUACGUGUGUGUGCGCAAGCGCCGUGAUGCCCGUCGUCGCGCCAACGCGGCUCAGGAAGGCUGGGACCCCGCGACUGGUUACCAUCUCUCGCACAGUGGGAACAGCGACAACGGCCCGAUGAGUCCUCUCUCCUUUCGCUGCCAAACGAACCUCUCCCCCACAGCACCGCAGCCCUUCAACUUCAGCCCGGUCGAGGAGUAUAGCGAUGACAAGCCACAGCCGAGACAGUACAUCACGUCUAUGUCACGGCACCAUUCCAACGUGUCACCCGUGGCUGAAAAUUCUGGUCAUUUUACGCAUGCGCAGUUUUCUCAAAUGCAACAAUCCGAAAAGGAUGCCCUGGGACUGCACCAACUGACGACAACGGCGCUGCCUGCGGCGCCCAAGAACACCCACUACUCCCCACACGCUGGGCCCGGCAUGAUGCGUGGCUCGCCUGUGUCUGCAACGCCCACCUCAGCCACGCAGCUCCUUCCGGGCGGCGGGGUAGCCAUGUACGUGCCCGCCGACUACGCCGCGACGUCGCCGAUGCACGCGCAACAGCAGCAACAGCCUACCAUCUGGCAGCAACAGAGCUCGCCGCCACAGCAAUGGGGAUGGCCAGGCCAGCAGACACAGCAGCCACAAUUUGAGUUUCCGCAGCAUCGACCGCACCAGUCGCCGCCGGCGCCAAGCAAGAGCCCAAAGUUGCGACCGCAGAGGAAGGGAUCAAUGGAGAAGAGCCCGCAAGGGCUGAAGGAAAGCAUGGAAAUUCAAACUAGCUUUCCCGGGCCGCCUGGCAAGCGUUGA